AUGGCGACUCACCAUAGCCCCUCAAAGACACCCUCGCGACGCGUGCUUGGUGAUCUCACGCCAAAAUCGAUAAACACGCCAUUGAGCCAAACAAAGGGCUUCGAACCAUCUGAAGUGACUCGCGCUCAAAGCCCUCGCAAGCACGCCACCACACACGCUCCGACUGCUUUGGCUGGCAAGGAGAACCUCGCUACGCUCAGCGAGUAUUCGAGGGGCACGAAGAGGGGUAUACAGGAGGUUGACGGCGCGGAAACAGCAGAGAACCUGAAGAUGCUCGCCCGAGGACGCGAUGAGACUCUAUCCCACAUAGGCAUGCGUCUGACUAGCGCCGCUAUGAUGAGACACACAGAAAACAACCCCAUAGGCCUUGCAGACCCAGGAUCACCCACCGAACGCAAUACACCCACACCUGAGCCUGAGCCCAUGCAAGACUCUCAGAGGAGCAACCAGUCCUUCUCUGAUCUACUCAACUACGAUCUGUGCGCGAGCCAGAAAAGCGAACAGGGAGUGCCAGCGGAAGCAGCAGUACUCACAGCCAUGCCAAUGGCAGUGUUAGCUCCCUCAUCUAACGAGGAGCGAAAGUCGCGAGCUGAACAGCUACGCACGCGUCUUAAAUUCGGACUUUAUAAAGUCAAGACGAACCAAAUCAGCAAGCGCGAUGUGGACAUCAUAUCAACAUUCGAGGCUAGCACAUCGCACUCGUCAGGCGCGCUCAACGCGUCUCGCUCAACAGUCAUGAACGAGUCUAUCGGCUCUCACCAAGUACCGAACAUCACCAUAUCGUCACCCCGCCGCGAACAAGGGCCCGUUUUUGUCAAAGCGAAUCUCGAUCCCUUCCGCCCCAUUGGGAAGCUUGGAGCCGCACCAAUUCAGUUCCUACCUCCACAAGACGGCAUGUCCGCAUCAUCGCGGACGAUCUACGGCCAAGAUUUCUCCUCGUCACCCCCAGGCGCCAUCCUACCUCAGUCGGUGUCGCCGGCUCAGCUCAUGUCACCUGUCAGGCGGAACGCGCAUUACGGAACGCCUACUGUGAGCCGGAUACGAAUGGGAGAACACGAUGGUGAGGACAUUGAGGCCAGGGAUAUGACGCCGCAUCAGCGAUUGCAACGGCUGAAAGAGCAGAACUACCUGGAAGGCGACCUGACGAGCAGUGCUGUGAAGGGUAAUGCUGCCAAGGGGCUACUCCAGCUCAUGAACGGGAGGCGGUAG